GUAGCUGUCGAAGGCGGCAAUGCCACCCGCGAGGCGAUGCGCGUCCAGUAGUCCGCACUGUGGUCUGUCUCCUUCAUUCGUUUUAAACGCAGCGCGCUGUUCCGGACUAACCCAUUACAUCGACCGCAUGAAGCCCGCACGUCUUCUGUUUGAUCUUACCUCGCCGGCUUCGAGUCUUCGAAUUACCCUUACCUUUUAGGCACGGGGGUUUAUCUUCUCACUUUUCGACCUUCAAAUAUAAUUUAGAUGUUUAACUCCUACUUGAAUAUUCUUGACUCGCCGCCUCUAUAGGGAACAAACUUAUUUUUCCAGCUAAGAGAAAGAUGCAUGUAUGGAGGAUCCAAGUUUCCCUCUGGUUCCUGCUCUACAUCAAUUUUCUGCCAGUGUGUUGGUGCGCUCAGGGGAAGUACGCGCAGAAGCUGCUCACCGAUUUGUUCUCCAACUACACCAACGCCCUGCGGCCUGUGCAGGACACGGACAACAUCAUGAACGUCACCCUGCAGAUCACCCUCUCGCAGAUCAUCGACAUGGACGAGCGUAACCAGAUCCUCACCUCCUACCUGUGGAUCCGCCAGGUGUGGAUCGAUGCCUUCCUCACCUGGGACAAAAAUGACUAUGAUGGGCUCGAUACCAUCCGCAUACCUAGUAGUUAUGUAUGGAAACCUGAUAUUGUCCUAUAUAACAACGCGGACGACCAGUUCUCGGGCUCCAUGGCGACCAACGUGGUGAUCCGCCACGACGGGCAGAUCAUGUGGGACUCGCCGGCCAUCACCAAGAGCUCCUGCAAGGUGGACGUGUCCUUCUUCCCCUUCGACGCCCAGCAGUGCCGGCUGACCUUUGGCUCCUGGACGCACAACGGCAACCAGAUGGACAUACACAACGCGCUGGACAGCGCCGACCUGGCCGACUUCGUGGAGAACGUGGAGUGGGAGGUGCUGGGCAUGCCGGCCAAGAAGAACGUGAUCCUUUACGGCUGCUGCUCGGACCCGUACCCGGACAUCACCUACACGCUGCACCUGAAGAGGAAGGCCUCCUUCUACAUCUUCAACCUGCUCAUCCCCUGCAUGAUGAUCUCCUUCCUGGCGCCGCUGGGCUUCUACCUGCCGGCCGACUCCGGGGAGAAGGUGUCCCUGGGCGUGACGGUGCUCCUGGCCCUCACCGUCUUCCAGCUGCUGGUGGCCGAGAGCAUGCCGCCUUCCGAGAACGUCCCGCUGAUUGGGAAGUACUACAUCGCCACCAUGACCAUGAUAACGGCCUCCACAGCGCUGACCAUCUUCAUCAUGAACAUCCACUACUGCGGCCCGGAGGCCAAGCCGGUGCCCGAGUGGGCCCGCAAGUUCAUCCUGCACUACCUGGCCCGCGUCUGCUUCGUCUACGAGGUGGGCGAGAACUGCAUGAGCGUCCUGCCCGAGCGGGUCGACCCGCAGGCCCCGCGGGGGGGCGCCAACUGGGCCGCCAACGGCCGCGCCCCCAGGGAGGACCCGGGCAGGACGGAGGCGCCGGCGCCGACGGAGAAGGAGGACGCGGAGCGAGACGCCGCCAGUCCGCCGGGGAACAACACUGCCCCCUUCUGGCGGGAGGGGGUACACGCCGGCUCGGACCACGGGGUGGCAGGGGGAGCGGCUGGAGGUGGAGGUGGAGGUGGAGGAGGAGGAGGGACAGGGCGCGAGGUCUGCAAGGCCCAGUGCGUAUGCCACCACCAGCUGCUCCUGAGGCACCUGGAGUACAUCGCCAACUGCUACCGCGACCAGAGGACCACGCAGAAGCGCACGGGCGAGUGGAGGAAGGUGGCCAAGGUCAUGGACCGCUUCUUCAUGUGGAUCUUCUUCAUCAUGGUCUUCCUCAUGAGCCUGCUGAUUAUGGGCAAAGCCAUCUGAGGUGAGAGACAGAAAGAGAGGGAGGGAUGGAGAGAGAGAGAGAUGGAAAGAGAGGGAGCUGGAAAUAAAGAGAGAUGGAGAGGGAGAUGAGAG